AUGCCCUGGCUGCGACGCUACCCGGUUGACAUAGACAUCAUUAAAACGCAUUUUUUCAAGAUGUGCUACCACAACUAUGAGUUGUACCCAUCUUUCCGUGACUUUAGGUUCAAUUUUAAAACUCGUCUGAAUAUGGUUCAGAAGGAUGAGACCGGUGUUGUGGAUGCCGACUAG